AUGAAUUUUAAACUAACUAUCUUCCUUUCUUUACUUUCCUUACAUUAAGCAACCAAAUUUUCAACUAUUAAAUGCACUUGCGAACAAUUACUAUCCCAAAAUGAUUGUUAGACCAAUAAAUGUACAUGGGACCAAAACAAAUGCGUUAUUAACAUUGAUACGCCUGUGGAAAUUAGUCCAAUCGUCACUUAUUGUACAUAUUUUGAGGAUGCGGUUUGUUAAUAAUAGAACGGUUGUGCAUGGGUUGACAAACAAUGCAUUCCUUUCACGGGUUGUACUGCCUAUUCAUUCAGAGGACAAGAGGAAUGCCAAUAUAUUUCGAAUAGAUGUACAUCAGACGGAGUGCAUUGUAUUGAAAUCGGAUUGUGUUAAGAUUAUAAAACAGAGAUAGGAUGUGUGAAGAAUAAAAAUAAUAAGCUGUGUUAUUGGAAUGUAGAUAAGUGUUAAGAUAUUUAAGAGUGUUCAUAAAUAUCAAAAACUCUAUAAAGUGAUUCAGAAUGUAGAUUCCAAUUGUCAAAAUGUACAGUGGCAGAAUCGGGUGGUUGUGUAGAUAGUGGAGAUGCAUGUUCAAAUCAGAAACUGGAGAUUCAAUGUGUUUGGGAUAAAAGUAAGUUGUAAUCUUGUGCAUGGGUCAACCAGAAAUGCGUGAGUAGAAUAUGUUCAAAUGCCCCUGCAACCUAUACCACAUUCGAGUAAUGCAAUAAUUAUCUGUCUACUUGUACGGUUCAAUAGAAUGGUGGAUGUAUCACUAUCAGUUCCUGUGAGAAUAUCAAGGUCGAGUUGGGUUGCGUUGUGAAUAUGAAUAAGCAGCCAUGUAUUUGGAUUGACAACACGUGUAUAGAUAAGCAAUGUUCAAAGGCUCCCACAAAAUUCAAUACGAAUGAUUAAUGCAAGAAAAUAAAUAACAAUUGUGUGACUACAUAGAAUGGAUGUGUGGAAUAGUUAAAUUGUGAAUCUUCAAAGCUAUAAAUAGGUUGUGUGGAUAUGGUGGAUGGUACUAAAUGUUAUUGGAAUGGAUCUACAUGUGUUUAAAAGACGUGUUCGAAUAACACCACUAUAAAGACAGAAGCGGAGUGUCAAUUGUAUUCUAGUGGUUGCAUUUUGAAUGUAACCGCUUAGAGUGGAUGUCUCGACAAGAUGUGUGAGAAUGUUGUACAAUAGGAGUAAUGUGUAGUGGAUAAGUCGAAUAAUAAGUGUUCUUGGAAAAGCACUUGUUUUACUAAGAGUUGCAAUACUGCGCCGAAGACUUUCACAACAAGCAGUGAAUGCUAAACUCAUAUGGAUACUUGCGUCUUAGAUACAUCGGGACAGGGUUGCAUGACUAUAAGGUUAACAUGCCAGGCAUAUACAUCAGAGAAGUCUUGUUUCAUGAUAAAAGGUGGGUAAUAUUGUCAUUGGCAGGACAAGAAAUGCAUCGAUAGGACAUGUAGUAUGGCUAGUGUGAGUUUGAAUAGCACUCAGCAAUGUCAAUAAUUCAAACCCGAUUGCAUAGUUGGUAACAAUUCUCAAGGAUGUAUGGAUUUGACUAAGAAUUGUGAAGAUAGAAGAUUACAGGGUAAUUGUGAAUAUGGUAAUAACCCAGUGUGUAUUUGGAAUGUGUAUCGAUGCGUAAAGUAGUCAUGUGAAAGUGCUAGUAUUGUUGGAUCACCAAACUAUUUGUCUGUUUUUGAUGAAGCAUCUUGUCUCUCUUAUAUGGCUAAUUGUAUACCAAACAACUUAGGCAAUGGAUGUACAGCUAAACCUUCAUCAUGUUCUCAAUUAAGUAUCAAUAAUUGUAUUGCUGCGGAAUCGAAUGAUUGCAUUUGGGUGAAUGGACGAUGCGGAGACAAAAUAUGCAUAAAUCUGAGUGGAUCCUCUCAUCAAGAGUGUUCGGAUUAAUUGUCUAGUUGCACUGUAAAUGGGAGUCUGAAUGGCUGUAUUUCAUUGUCGGCUAAAUGUUCAUCUUACACCAUAUCACAAUAAUGUCGGUCAACAUCUACUAAUGUACAAUGCUUUUGGAAUGGUACUCAAUGCAGAGACACCAUUUGUAGUGAUGCUUCUGAUUCAUCGGAUUAUGAUACAUAUGAGAAAUGUAAUGCACUCAAUUCCUCAUGCACAGUUGUGAGUAAGGUUGGAUAGUAAGGAUGUGUGGAGAAGUAUUCGACUUGCGAGAGCUAUAAGUAAUCAUACCAAUGUCAUCAAUCCUCGAAUUCUGUCCAAUGCCUGUGGAUUAAUGAUGGCUGCUAUUAAGUCUCGAAUUUGACAUGUGGAGAUAUCAAAAUAUCCAUCUACAAUGAUGUCAAUUGCAGCAACAUUUUACCUAAUUGCAAAUCGAAUGUUACUCAAACUGGGUGUAUUAGUAAGGCAUGCACAGAUUACAAUUAUACAACUAAGGUUGAUUGUGAGUAAUUGACUGGAUGCACUGUUAAUGCUGAUUUCAACAAAUGCAUCACCAAAUCGGAUUCAUGUUCAACUUAUAGUUCUGAUCCUACUCAAUGCAAAUACUCCAAAGAAGGAGAUUGUGCGAUGAAGGGUCUAUAUUGUGUGUGGACUCAUAUGGAUUGUGGCUCUAUUCUAACUCCAGUCGUUGAUAACGAUUGUUUUGUCAAGAGAUCAUUCUGUAAAAUGUUAGUGACUGACCAAGGAAACAAAUGCAUUUAAAGAGACUGCAAUGAAUAUGCUGAUGUCACUCCAACCUCACUUAGCAUCUGUUAAGAAUAUGACUAUUCUUGUGUCAACAAUAGAAGCAACAAUGGAUGUAUCACCAUGUAAUAAUACUGUAGUGAUGCAGGAGAUGCUGCUUGUGUUUAUUCAAAAAAGGAAGGACUUUGCAAAUACACUGGCACUGCCUGUGUGGCUGUUGCUACUGCCAAUUCUAAAAAUUGUAAUUUAGUGGUGGAGGCUGGACUUACUUUUAAGAAAUGUUAAGAUUAUUCCAACAAUUAUUGCAGUGUCAAUAGAGCCAACUCUGCCUGUGUCAAUAUCAAAGCAUAAUGUUCUGAAUAUACCAAUCUGACCGAUUGCUAUUCAUCCUCAUCUGGCAUGUGCAUCUAAACUCAAUAGAACGAUAGUGGAGCAUCCUGUAUUAAUGUCACCAGCUCCAUUUUAUGUAGUAAGUUAUUUAUUGGAUAAUCCUAUACCUACACUCACACUAUCUGUGAAUCAUUGAAGAGUACUUGCACCAACAAUUCAACUUCAGGUUGCAAAGACAAAACUUGUUUGAAUACAAACACUCCACUUACUACUCAUGUUGAAUGCAAUGCCUGGCUGAAAACAUGUACUGUCAAUACUACCAACAAUGGGUGUGUUGAAAUGAAGCAAACUUGUCUAGAAUAAAGUGUCACUGCUUGUCUAUAGGCUAGCGAAGGUUAAUGCAUUGUUUAUGAUAAUAAAUGCAUGAAAUUCACUUGCUAGAAGUUGCCCAACACUUUAACAACACAUACUCAAUGUUAAUCAUCAAAUAAUUAAUGCACUGUUGCCACCUUUGGAGGAUGCAUUGUCAAAUCUAGCAAUUGCAAUACUUACAAAACAUAAUUACAAUGCAGAUUUAAUCUAGAUAAUAAGAACUGCUGGUGGAAUCAAUACAAUAUGACAUGUGUCAAUCUAUAAUGUGAUCUCAUUGAAUAAACUACUGACUACAAUACCCACAGUAAAUGCUAUAAUGCAUCUCCAAACAUAAAGUGCACAGUAUCAGUCAACGGAACUGGCUGUCAAUAACUGAAGGUCUGUACUGAUUACACAUUUCAAGGACAGUGUGUCAUUGAUAAAUACAAUAAACCUUGUGUCUGGAAUGACAACGUGAGUCCCAGUGUCUGUUAAUUGAAGUCCUGUGAGGCUGCAUCAUACACAUUCACCUCUCACGAUGAAUGUUAAUCCUUUGAUACAACCUGCACAGUGUAAAUCAAAUACAACACUGAUUCUUCCACUCAAAUCUACAGUGGAUGCUAGAUGCUAAGCACAAAUUGCUCUGAUUAUUAAUUUGAAUUACAAUGCUACCUGAAUAAGAGUAACAAAUAAUGUAAAUGGGUGGACAAUCAAUGCAUAGAUUUUGGUUGCAAAACAGCUCCUAAGACAUCAGACUAUUCCACUCAUGAGAAUUGUUAAUCCUAUCUGAAUACAUGCACUGUGAACUUUGAUUUGUUGGGUUGCAUGACUAUACCCACUACUUGCUCAGAUAUUUUCUAUCAAGUGCAAUGCAUCAAGGAUAUUAAUAAUAAUGAUUGCCAUUGGCUUGAUUCAAAAUGUCUGCAAAAAACAUGUGAAAAUGCUCCAAGUAAUAUCAAUACUAAGUUAUUAUGUGAACAAUGGCUACCUUAAUGUACUGCUGAAGAUAUUAAUAAAUGUAAAACAAUCACCUGUGAAGACUACACCUAUACCACUGAUUUAGAAUGCAGAUAGUAGACUCCUAUUUGCACAACAGAUGGAACUAAAUGUGUGACAAAAGGUUCAUGUGCUCAAGCAUUAAGUGAAAUUGCAUGUGAUAAAUCGAUCAAUAAUGAACAAUGUUAUUGGAACAAGACCUAUUGUACGUUGAAGGUAUGCAAUCUAGUAACCAAAGAGGUUGAUUGCACUAAUAGUUAUAACAAUAUUGCAUGUGUUUGGGACAACAACAAAUGUAGAAACAUUGGAGAAUGCUAUGAUUACAAUGGUACAUCCCAUAAAGAAUGUUAAGCCUUCAAUGCAUUAUGUACUUUUGAUGAUAACAAAAAAUGUAGAAAAUUAAGAAAAUGCAAUGAAUAUUCAAAUCAAGACUAAUGCAUUUUGGGAUUGGAUGGACCUUGUCUAUGGAUUCAAUAACUAAAUAUUUGUCAUUAAUACACCUCUUGCAAUAGUGUUAAAUUUUAGACACAUGUUGAAUGUUAAUAUGUUUCAAAAUUAUGUACUACAGAUGGCCUAUAAUGUGUCCCUCUUACUUUUUGUUCUGAAACCAAUACCACUGGGGGUUGUAUUGAUGGCAUUGAUGGAAAUUGUAUGCAAACAGUUUCUGCUUUGAAUUCAACUCAAUCACCAAUUUGCAAACUCUUCACAAAUUGCACCGAAGCUUACUAUUUAACCCACAUUGAAUGUCAGUAUGCCAAUAAAAAUUGCACAACUAAUGCUGUCAGCGGUUGUAUUAAUCUGAAUCAAUGUACUUAAUAUCAAAGACAGGAAUCCUGCUAAUUAGACAUUAACGGUGUAUAAUAUGAAGACAACCUAAUCAUAGCCACAGGGAAAUGCAUUUGGGAUAAUGGUCUGUGCAGAAACUAAAUUUGUUCUGACUUUAGUGGUAUUACCAAUGAACAAUGCAACAAGUUCCUUUCCACUUGCACCUUCAAUGGUGUUAAGUGUAUUCCAAAAUAAAACUGUUAUUAAUACACAUCUUCAGCUAUGUGUGCUGUUGCAUAUGGACUAGAGGGUAAAUGCAAUUGGAACAUUGCCCUUGAUAAAUGUUUAAAGCUGACUUGCGAUGAUAUUUAAAAUGGAACCACAUUGGCCUUGUGUUAAAAUACCUUAUCUAAUUGUAUUACCAAUGGGGUCAAUUGCAUUAGUAAAGAUACCUGCUCUAGAUACAUCACUAAAAUUGCUUGCAAUGUAGGAGGAACAGAUGGCAUUUGUGUUUGGAAUGCUAAAAAUUCUACAUGUUCCUUGAUGUUGUCAUGCACUUAAGCAGAUGAUGACUAAGAAGCUUGCUUAUAAGCUAGUGAUCGAUGUGCUAUCAAAUACGCUACCAGUCAAUCCACCAGUUCUUGUUAUUCACACACUUGUGAUACCUAUUUAAAUAGUAAUGGCUUAUGCAAAUCGUUCUCUAAUUGGAAUUACUCUUCCAAAACAGCUUGCUCCUUUACUUAAGGUAAAUGCGCUGAAAUUGAUCUCUCAACUCUUACCGAAUAACAAUGCUUUGUAACUUCAGAGUAUUCCUACACUUGGAAUACCAGUAAAAACAAAUGUUAAUCCUGUGUUGCCCAAAAUAAUAACAAUAACAACUCUAAUCAAACAAAUACAAAUCCCAAUGUUACCACACCAUCUUAGAAUGUUGACUUCGGAUAUAUGAUACAAACUGUAAUGUAUCUCUAUUUGAUUUCUAAUUGA